UAAGAAUCUGGAUGUAAACCCAAAUGCUUAUUCAUUUGUAAGAUGAUUCGUUAUUUGACUCUCAUUAUUACCCAUUAAAAUGAGUGCGAUGAUACUUUUAUCCGAUCAAAGCACCGGAGUUGCUGACGGUGGAAUUCUGGCUGCUUAGUGAAGCUACUAUUUGAAUGCAAAUUUGUUAUGGUUUUGUUCGAAUAUACACCUCAAAGUACUAUCAUGAUUGCAAAUGUGAAGUGGAUCUAACUUGUUACGAAGGAUUUGUAAAAUAUUGAAUCAUACUUUUAUUUUUAACGAAGAAUUAAGAUGUAAAGAUGGCAACUGAUUGUGCAGAAGAAAGUACUGAAGCUAUCCAAGACCCUACGGAUCCUAGCUCUAUUCCCGUCGACAUCACAGAAAUCUUUUUUUCUGCAUGUCGAGUAGGACUAGAACCAGGUGAACUACUACAUGAAAGUUGGUUCGACUUGCAGUAUUCCAUGUCGGCUAUUGAAAUUAUGGAUCCCAAAAUGGAUGCUCGGAUUCAGGGAGGCAGGAGAGUUUUGACAAUACUUGAGGCAUUAUCCACUAACCAGCUACCUCUGGGUCCUUUCACAUCUCUUUCUCUACUUGUGGGUAUCAUGGAUGAAUUGCUGUCUGCAUUUGUAAAUUGGUUAACGGGAGAUUCCCUAGCUCAAAGCAUUUUUAUAUGUAUGUACAUGCAUUGCACACCAUUAGUUAUCGACAAAUAUCUAGUUGCAUUUUGUGAGUCGCUUCGCCGAAUAGUUUUUCAGUUGCGUCAUAUAAUCAUCGCUGUCGGUGUUUUUGACGAGGAAGAUCAUUAUACGUUUAUUCAUGGUAUGCCUAUUGAACAACCCCACCCAGUUUAUUAUUAUUGCUAUAUGUCUAACGAAGAUUCUAGCUAUGUGUGCAGAAUGACGACUAUCGAAUUAAUUACUCAUGUGAAUGAUUUAUACACAAAUCUGGAAAAUGAUUCCAGUGUAUUUAGUGAUAGAGAGGAAAAUCUUCUUGCCGGACUACGUAGUCGUCUACAAUUUGUCCACUGUUUAUUACUGUUCACAAAUCCUUUUUUUGAGCGCGUUAUUUCAGCUAUACGGGAAUUUCAGCCGGAUGAUUUCGAAGGAUAUACAAAGAUAGAUUUUGAUGCUGGAGAAACUGCAUCUCUUUCGAAAGUAUCUGAAAUUCAAGACAAUGCUAUAGUCCCAUGGGACUCUUUUAUCUGUUUUUGUCGAGGAAUAUCACAGCAUAUCAGUGGUCUAAAAUCGUUGAGUAAUAAAUUAUUGGAAACUGCAUAUAUCGGCGAAAAAGCUGGUGAAGGGAAGCAUAGACCUAAGGAUGCAACAUACGGUCUCCCAGGUUUUGAAGUUUUUCUUAAUCAAACUAGUGUACCUUCAUAUAUGCCUAAGGUAGUAGAUAUUCAUGAUCGUCACAAAUCGUUUGCUUAUUUUUCUAAUCUUUUUACAAGACUGGAACAUAUUUUAUGCACAUAUGAAACAUUUUCUCUAUGGCAUAAGUUAUAUCCUGAUCCGUUGCGUCUUCAGAGUUUGUGGGCAUUCAUUCAGAAGUCUGGUCAAAUAUCCUGUUCUUAUGUCAAAGAUCUCCUGUUACACGAUAAUUGUAGCGAAGUAAACGAACCAACAUUGAGUACUUGUGUUUUGUCAAGGACUAUUACUUAUAUGCUUUAUUUUGUUCUCAUGUCCCAGGAAGACAUCUCUGAUUUUAAACCUCAGUCUUUCUCUCCAGUGAAUUUCCACUGCUUCCUGAAUUCGUGGAGCCAGAUAGAAUGUACUGCAUAUCGUCCACUAAUCAAAGAUAUCAUUUCUAAAACUCCUGAACUGACGAGUUUUUUUACAACACUUUCUAACCACUUCGCUCACAUUCCUGCAAUUUACUGUUUAAAUCGUUCACGUCAACGUUCAGCUCUUGCACCAUGGUUGCAGCGUCUUCCAGAUUUACUCGAGGAAUGUGCACGUGCAGAAUUUGUAAUUGGUAUUGAAUUGAUAAAUGUUCUAUCAAACAACACAAGUGCUAAAUCCUUUGAAUCACAGGGAGAGUUUGGCAUUCCUUCAUCACAGUUAUCUGUUCCAGUAGAAAUUCAUCUAUCACACUUUGUUACAUAUGUGUACUAUUACCUUGCCUGGGAUUACGUUAUAUCUGGUUUUCAAUUGGAUCUAUACUCUCCAAAUGAAUGGUUAUUCAUUUAUGCAUUUAUGAUACAUUUGUUCCGGAAUAUAAGUGAUAUAAUCAGUCGUCUAGCCCAAAAUCAUGCCUUUUUGACAUCUGUGAAAGCAGUUGACGUAGGAAACAAAUCCACUGAAAAUGAGACCACUAAAUAUGAUCCUGUAAAUGGAGCUGAGAUUGCUGAGAUCCGUAAAAGAAAAAAGAAGAAGAAACACAAAGAAAAAGGCAACACUUCUGCUAUGAACACUAACAGCAUAGAAACACCACACAUGAAUUCUGAUUGCACAAUUAAACCCAUGCCACCAAUGAUACAUGAAAUUGGUUCAGCUUUCGAAGCUUACGUAAUUAAUAUACAUCAGUACAUAAACACAGCAAGUUUGUAUGCUAUCCGUGCUCUUCAACGUGAUAGUGGGAUCGAAAUAAAUGAAAACGUUCAAAAUUCAAAUUCUCCGGACAAUACACUGCCGCAUAGUUUUAUGAAUAGAACUACAUGUCUUGAGUCAUAUGCCAGAAGGCUUGGAAUCUUUCUCAUUCCUCAAAACUCCCCUCUGACCGAGUUAGGCGGUGUUUCAGGGGCUUAUGACUCAUGGAAAUCUUUAAUUUCCAGUAGUCUCAUUGAUGGUCUCCCGAUAAAUGAGCUAUAUUUAAUGGCGUCAAGAACCUUUGGUCAGGCACAAAAUUUAAUUCAAAAAACAUUAGAUUUACGUCCAUCAGGUGAAGAAAAUUUACGUGGGCUUAUGCAAUCUGAUUUAGCUGUAUCCCUAUUUAGUGAAACAUUAGGACCCCCUGAUCGACUCUCUGAUCUUCACCAGUUGGCUAAACAUAAUUCUAUUGCUUGUCGAGUCCUUGGCGUUUGUGAGGAUCGACGACCAAUUGUAAAUAAAUCAUCUGUCGACCAGAAGAUGUCAUUUUUAUGUUCGUCUAGUCCAGUAAAAUUAGACUACAACUUUUUGGAAAGCAGGUCUUAUCCACUUAUUCGUCUUGCUAGUCAGUCUGAGAAACGGUCAUAAAUUUGGCACACUUUUCGCUUUGAUCUACUCUCCCACUGACUUUGAAGUAUUUUGAUACAUACAUUAAUUUUAAAAAAAAUAGUCUUUGUCAAUAAUAUUUUGUAUUUAAUUGAUAUUUACUGUAUUUAUUACCUGUAGUUUAUUUAUUACCUUUGGAUAAAAAGACACAUAGUCCUUGUUUAUUCAUAUUAAUUUUAAUCCUGUAUUCUCUUCCCUUGGUUUUCUGAAGAAGCGAAAAACAGCAUUCAAGAUAUUCUUUCGUUUUUUUAUCCAAUUCACUUUAAAUUCUUCUUUUUGUUGAUUCGCAUGAAUAUUCUUGCUGUAUAAGUUGUUUGUGUACAUAUGUUGAAAAUUAGUAUGGAAUAAUAUAUUUCCUUGAAUUCUUCGCUUAACGUGAAUUUGAUAUCAAUAUACAAUAAUUCCUCAAAAGUUAUGUGCAUAUUUAUCAGAUCAUGCAGGGAAUCGCAGAUGUUGUAGGACACCUGAUAAAUAUGACAUUGUUGCUAUCUAAUAACUCACAGUGG